AAAAGAAUAGCUCAUGAAUAUUCAUAAGCGCGCGCCCCACUUCCGUGCAUGUUCCGUGUCCGUGUGUGUGUUGUGCUGGUGCAUCGUGUAGGUGCAGAAAGUCGGGAUUUUCGGCCUUUCAGGAGGAUUUUUGGGAACAGAACCGACCCGAGUAGCAGCAUAGCUGCGUAGCAGGUCAGGAUGGCGGACACGGACGUCGUGCUGAACGGGCCCCCUGAUGUGGGAGACGGUAAAGCAUCAUCUGGUGGAAGCAGCCCUCACCAGUCCCCAGUAGCUGAGACCAAACAGAGCAAGGUGAAGCGACCAGUCGACAUUCAGCAAGAUGUACAUGAGAUGGAAAAGCGCAAGAGAGUCUCCCUGAUUCUCAACUCACAAGCAUUCAGAGAGGAGCUGGAAGAAAUUAUUGAGUCUCAGAUCAAGUCAGGCCCUCAUCCGGCCAGCCUGAUAGCACUGCAGCAGAUCAGUGAGCUCAUCCUCCCCCAGGCCAGGGUGCCCAGUUCUGUACUGUCUGGUGGGGGAAUGAGAGCCACAGGAAUCGUAAUCCCCAUCAACGAUCUCCGCGGAGUGGACGCCAUGAGCUACAGUAAGGGGGAGAAGCUCCUACGAUGCAAGCUGGCCUCCCUGUACCGGCUGGUGGACAUGCAUGGAUGGACCAACCUCAUAUACAACCACAUCACGGUUCGCAUCAGCCAGGAGAAGGAACACUUCCUCAUCAACCCCUACGGGAUGAUGUACAACGAGCUGACUGCCGCCUCUCUGGUCAAGGUGGACAUGCAGGGCCAGGUCAUCGACCCUGGCAUCACCACCUUCGGCAUCAACAAGGGCGGCUUCAUGUUGCACAGCGCUGUGCAUCAGUUCCGCCCGGACUGCAGAUGUGUCCUGCACCUGUACAACGAGGCUGUGUCUGCAGUAUCUGCCACCAAGCAGGGCUUGAUGCCGAUAUCCCACGAAGCCCUGUUGAUUGGAGAGGUUUCUUACUAUGACUACCGUGGCGUUCCAGUCGACCAGAAUGAAAGAGACACCAUCGCUAGGAGCCUGGGACCAAAGAACAAGGUGCUGAUACUGAGAAACCAUGGGGUACUGGUGUGUGCAGGGACGAUAGAGGAAGCCUGGUACCUUGCUUACAACACUGUGAAGGCUUGUGAGAUACAGUUGAAGGCGAUGCCUGCGGGACUGGAUAACCUGAUUGUUCUGGACCGUUCGGCACUACGGGAGGAGCCCCGUGAGGAGCAGAAGGGCGGCGGGGACACGGCACACUACAAGGCCACUGAAGAGAAGCAUUACAAGUGGAAAAAGGGAGAGCUAGAGUUUGAGGCACUAAUGAGACAGAUGGACAAUUCGGGCUACAAGACUGGGUACAUCUACCACCAGCCGGUAGUGCGCCACCUGCCCGGCACAGGCAAGAGCAAUGAUGAGGUCGCCAUUCCUCCAUCAGCCUCCGGAUUCACGGAAACAGCAGGGCACGACGACGACUUGGGCAUCCUCUCGCCGGCACGUCGGGCCAUGGACCGGAAACAGGGCGAAAAGACCAAGUGGCUGCACUCCCCAAAUGUGUACACCAAGGUGCAGGUGCAGGUGGAUCAGAACGGAGAUGGAGAGGAACCAAAAACAGUGACCAGGUGGGUGUCAGAGGACUCCCCCAGCAAAGGCACCAUCAUCAAAGUGGACCCCAAUGCCUUUGUCCCCACAGGGAUACCUGAGGAGGAUGUGCGCACCAAGGUCAAAGUGUUGAAGGACAAGCGGGUUGCAGACAAACUGUCUUCAGGCCCUCAGUCGAAUAUUCUGCACGGUAUGCCCUGGGCAGCCACUGCCUCUGGUGACCAGGUUGUUGUUCAUGCGGGGUCAAAGGGUAUAAUUCAGCAGGAGUUCCAGGAUGAAUUUGUGUUCCCAAUGCUACAAAGUCCAAAUCCAUUUGAGAAGAUGACAGAGAAGGAGCUGGAAGAGUAUCGCAAGGAAGUGGAGAAGAAGCAAAGAGGUGUGGGCGGUGAGAUCACCACGACAACCGUGGAGACUGUGGUGAUCGAUGGCCAGGUGAAGACGGUACAGAAGGAGACCGUCCUGACCGUGGUCAAGUCUGGAGAGGGCGAAGACGCGGAGAUACAUGAGAAACUCAUGGAAGAGUUACGAGCUGCCAGCAUCAAACGCAAAACGCCUACCAAACGUCACUCGUCCUCGUCUCACAGCUCUCAGGAGGAGAGCGUGGUAAACAGACCUGCUGGCUCUACUGAAGAGCCAGAACCUAAACCCUCCGUACAGCCUGUAUCUGAACCUCCUCCUGAGCCUCCAGUAAAACAGGAAAUCAAAGCUGCGAGCCCGAAGCGGCUGUCCCCUGCCUCCCCAGGGUCUCCAGCGGGAAGCCCAGUGAACGGACAGGGCGCCCCAGCAGGCGGGUCGCCGGACAAGGCGGCAGAGGCCGGAGAGCGGGAGGAGUCAUCAGAGGGAACACCCAACGCCAGCGGCAAGGAGUCCUCACCAACUAAGGAGACAUCCCCAACCAAGAAGAAAAAGAAACUCCGAACACCAUCCUUCCUCAAGAGCAAGAAGAAGGACAAGAAGAAAGACAAGGAAUAAGCAAGGAUACACCCACCAAGAAAUGAACCUUUAGAAGAAUUACUAUGUUGGGUGCUACAAUACAUAACAGCCUACAAAGUGAAAUAAUAGGCUUUUGGGGGGUUUCUAGCUGCUGUAGGGGGCAUUGCAGCCCCUGUAGUCGAGUGCAUUGGCAAGAAGGGGUAGGCUGUGAAGGGGAGUACUUCUCUUUGUUACGCAGAGCUGCAUGCUUAAGACAAUUAAGCUGGUAGUACUCGUAAUCAAUUGUGAAUUCAAGUAUUGUGCAUCCAUGGGUCAGCAAUGAUUUGCCAUAAGGAAACCAGUAGCCAUCUCAAUCUGGAGGGGUGGACAGGAAUGUACAUGUAUAUUGUAUAUGCUACCAUGGUUUAACACUUUUGAAUGGAUACAUGUUCUCUGGUACCACCAAGGAAGGCAGUAUAUGAUGUCACCUUAUGUUGGCUUUUUAAAUUGUCUAAUAGGGUUUUGAAAGGUCUUUGUACAUGUUUUGGAUUUCUUCCGUUUUUCUCUUCAAAAACAUGGAUGGUAUAUGGACAUUCCCAAGUCUGCUUAGUUGGCCCAGAACGCAUGGUAUUUGUAAGAAAGACAACAUUUUUUAAGAUUUCUUAACAAAAUCAGAUGUUUAUUCUUUUUCAAUACCUAUCAUUGAUUUUGCAUUAAUACAGGUGUUAAUUGUAUGCUGAUUGAAAAGAGUUUUUUCACCUCAAAAAAGUAUUUAGUAGUGAAAUCUAACUAUUACUAUGAAGAAUUUGACUUUUCAGUUUUGGGCUAAGUGUUGUAUACAAUAUAGCUACAUGUUCAGUAUGUAAGCAGGAUGUUUUGUUCAGACGUACCCUGAAUCAAGCUUAGUCAGGCUUGUGAAGAAUUUGCCAAAGUCAUCAAUGUUAUGAUGUAAGGAUACCAUAAUGUACUACGUGUAGCUUAGAAAAAAAAUGAUUAUAGCCACAAAAGGCAAAAAAAAAUCUGUCUACCCUGCACACAGUCAGGGUGGUCUAACUCUACAGAUGGUAAAAAAAAGUGUUACUUUUAAGUACAAGAAAAACAUCACAUCAAGUAUCCCUUGCCUUCUCUUUAGUUGGUAAGGAGUGCUAUUCAGUGAUUUUUUUCUCAUUUUGUACAGUGUGGAAAUUAUGUGCAAGGCAUACUGCAAUUGAUUUGUUGCUUCUUUGUCAUGUAGCUUUUCAGAUUCCAAUAGCUCCUUGCAAGUUACAGGAAGAAUUGUAGAUGCCACACCACUAGUUGUAGACUUGUAUGAUGAUGUGUGUGUAAGUGUUGAGAGAAUGAGGAAAACUCACACAUCUCGGUGAGUUGACUUUGACGAAGGACAGAGUUUCGGCAUACUGUUUUACAAUCAAAAGAAAAGACACCAGGAGUUUUUCAUCAGGUCAUCAGAGGGGCUCUGGCACUCUUUGUUCACCCAUUUUGUAUUUUAAAAAAUCACAGCAUGUGAUUUCAAAUGAGCAGCAUCCAAGAAAAAAAGCCAGUCAUGCAUGGCUUUAUGUGUGCACUGUGUUUUUAAAAGCAAAUCACUAUGGGUAUGACAACAGGCUGUCCAAGCCAAGGUGACAUUGGGGUCAUGUAGGGAGGUCAAGUCGAGGAGAAAGGUCUUGUGACGAGUUUGUCAAGAGAAAAAGACAGGAGUGGCUACGUCUGAUGAUUGUGGAGAGGUCUGCAUAUUUGUGGUGCUACAUGAAUUCUACAGCAUUGACAAUAUGUAUAGAGAUAGCCAAACAGUUUUUUGUAGCAAUAUUAGAGGUUUUGCCAGUUCGAGUCAUCACUAUUGCCAUAGCAAGUGUUUCAUCACCAAGCUUGUUGCUUCUGUUGUAGACUCUUCCUGUGUGAGAUUUGAGGAUUAAUGCCUGUACUAGACCUAGAAUGAUUGGCUCCUGACUCGUCUGACCCUGUAUACCAUAGUGACUUCAUAGUUUCACAUCUGCUGCCAAUGACAUGCUGCCUUCAGCUGAACUAACCACAAUGUACUGAUAUGUCAAGAUAUUCUCAGUCCGUGAGUGAGUGUGUUGUGUGCGAGUGAGCAAACUGAAUUCGAGCUGUGAAUUCAUGUCAAAUUGAAUCACCCUCCCUUGCUUCGCUUAUGAUGUCUGUCUGCAAAUUACGUCUAUGUCUUGCAGUAGAGCCUGUAAUAGAGGGAUGUAUGGAAAUAAGGGUAACUAUUGAAGAUGAGCUUGAUGUCACUGUUAUGAACUCCUUCUUUUGAAGAAACAAAUGUUCCACAUGGCAAUGGUAGAGUACAAUGACCACAAACAUAAUUCUAUGUAGGUUGUGCAAUGUAAAUCUCUUUGUGUGAAGAGCUUGAUAACCGCUUUUAGACAUGCAGCUUUAAAAUGUUUUAUUCCACUGCUUUUGCAUUUUUGUUGUUUCAAAUGAUGUACCUCUGCCAAAGUGUGCACCAAACACAUAAAACAGUAUGUUGUGUCAGGUUCUGUUGAAUGUAUCAACAGAAAUUGCACCUGAUUAUUAGUACUUGUGACUAAAAUUUGGGAUUGAACAUGUGGAUCUGUAGUUAGUGCUGUGUAUGUGUGAGUGAGAUGAUGCAUGACAAUGAAGACAUGUAAUGCAUAGACUUUCAAUCAUGUCAUAGUGUAGCCUAGAGGCAUGACUGUAGUUAAGAUUUUACCUUACCCUUUGAUGAAACUUUAAACAUGUCAGAACGAGAUGUUUCUGUGUUGCCUGUCGACAUCUCUGAUUGGAUAACCUUAGUGAGUAAAGACCUACGAUUGGUUGGUUGUUGCAGCUGGUAGAAUUGUUUAGUAAGUCAAUACCACUAAGAGAGCCUUGCUAAUCUUGUGAUCAAUGACCUCUGACCACUACAGCCCUCUUCACAAUGCAUUUCAAGUAUAAAUCUGGAUUCUAACAUUGCACUAACAAGAGGGAUGAUAAGUGAUGGUAGUCAGAGGUCAUAAUGGCUAUGUGCCAAAUGCAUAACUGGCACACUCCCUUGGGCUCUAUAGGUUCACCCAGCCCAAGAGAGGUGUAAAAUUACAUGUAUAAUUUGUGAAUACUGAAUUCUGCAAAGCUAAUUAAAGUGAUAAGUUUUUAACUGAACAACUAGCUCAAAGCUUUAACUUUCUGAGUUGUCUUUUUUAUCGUGUUCAUUUUUUUGACAGUUUUACACCAAGUAGUUGCAAAAAGGAUGGUGUCAACUUCUCACAGGAUUUAUGGACAGCGAGCAAUUUUUUGUGUAGCGUAGAAUGACAGACACAGAGUCUUACUGGUCACAUCCAUGUAUUUCCUUACAGGGCGAGGUGCUAUCAGUUUUGUUGGAUGAUACCAGCUUGAUUAGUUCUGUAUGACCAAAGACCCAGGAUGGACAGAAGGACUAUAUACCAGGCUUUCUAAGUUGUCAACAAGUUGACAAACAAGACUUUUUAUCACCAUAGACUUUAUAUAAGAAGUAACACUGUUUGUUUUCCUCCUGGAAUGAUGACCUGUAUACAUGACCAUGAUGUGCAGCUAUUGUAGCUAACGUGUCACUGUGAAAUAAAUCUGCAAGAAACUUAAA